AUGCCAAGGAUUACUUAGGAAUUGUUAAAGAGUAGGGCAGAACAUAAUGAAGGAUGCUUAUCUAAUUUAGAAGAAAUCACCUUGCAUUAGUUUGAAUUAGAGAAAAUAGAGUUGCUAGAGACCUAUUGCAGACACUUAAAGAUUCUAUAUUUGCAAAAUAAUAUAAUAGAAAAGAUGGAAGGAUUAAGCAAGUUAAAAGAACUCGAAUAUUUAAAUUUAGCACUCAAUAAUAUAUCUAAAAUAGAGGGUAUUUCGGGGUGUGAAAGUUUGAAAAAACUUGAUUUUACAGUCAAUUUUAUAGAUUUAGAAGAGUUAGAAGACUCUCUUAUUAAUGCUUCAAGGUGUCCAUUACUAAAGGAACUUUAUCUCACUGGUAACCCUUGCACAGAUUGGAGCGGAUAUAGAGAUUUUACAAUUGCAACUAUCCCAUAAUUAGAAUCGUUAGAUGGCAAAGAAAUAACUCCUACUGAUAGAAUUAAGGCCAAUCAGGCUUAUGAAGAUCUACUAGUUGACUUGCAUCAUAAAAUUGAAAUGAGAUAAAUAGAAAAGUAAAAGCAAGAACAAUUAAAAAAUUAGUAAGCUAUUGUUCCUGCUGGAUCUAUAGAAGCUAAUUAGGAAGACAAGAAUAAUGAAAAAUAGCCUUAUACCAAAGAAAGUAGAAAGUAAAUGUAUCUUGAAAUGGCUCAAGAUAAAGAGAAAAAGGAGAGGGAAAAGAAUCCUGAUAAAUUCAAAGAACCUAAAAAAGAAUCAUCAAUGUUUAGAACAGACGGAGAAAUUAGAUAGUGUAAUGAGGGUAAAUACGAUUUUAAAUUGAAGGAGUUUGAUGAUCCUGAAUGGUCUUUCUUUGAGUUAAGUGUACCUAAAUUCAUGGAUACAAGCUUUUUAGAUGUUAAUAUAAACCCGAAAUGGGUGAGUGUUAGAGUUAAAGGUAAACUCACCUAGCUACGUCUUGAUCAAGAAAUCAUUGUAGAAUAAAGCGAGGUAAAAAGAUCUCAAACUACUGGAUCUUUAGUAAUUAAAAUGAAGAAGUUAAAAGCUAAUGAACUAGUUAAAUUUUAAACCAAAAGAGAAUAAGAAGAGAAGAAGAAAAAAGAAGAAGAUUUAAAAGCUUAAAAACUAAAGGAGUAAUUAGAAAGAGAGGAAAAGCUUAAACUUUGCGAUAAGAUUGAAUAAAAGAUAAUACAAAAGACGCAAGAUUUUACAACUUUUGAUGAUGUGCCAGAUCUCGAAUGA